AUGAAGGAGGAGAAGAAAAGGGAGUUAUCUUCUCCUUCUGAGGUUAAUGAUGUGGGUAGACUACACAACAGUGUCCACUUGGAGAAUAAAGGGGGUGCACAGCAGGAGGAGGAGAAGGAGAAGGAGGAGAAGGAGGAGGCGGCACUGCCUUCCAAAACCGCCGCGAAAACCGCCGCGAAAACCGCCGCGAAAACCGCCGCGAACAGCGCAAGGAAGCUCAAAGAUAGGAAUGAUAAGAGGGUCGCUUCUGGAAAGAGAGGGACCAGCUCGGGCAAGCGCCGCAGUAAGGGAAAACUCCCCUACGAUGUGAGUGGCUAUGAGGAGGAGGAUGAAGAGGAGGACGAUGAGGAGGAGGAAGAAGAAGAGGAGGAGGAAGAAGAAGAGGAGGAGGACGACGACGAGGAUGAAGACGACGACGAUGACGAUGAUGAUGACGACUACUCUGAGGAGGAGGAAGAAGAAGACGACGAGGAUGAAGACGAGGAUGAAGACGACGAUGAAGACGACGACGAUGACGAUGAUGAUGACAACUACUCUGAGGAGGAGGAGGAUGAUGACUGCCGCGACAAGCGGGGGAACUCCUUAAGGAUGGGGCCUAAAAAAGGCCUCAAGGGAAAGGAGAAAAACGGCCAGCUGCCCGACGCGGCGCCCCUUCAUGCGAGCAAGAAAGGAGCCGUCGUGGGGGCGCAGACGAACGGGCGGGAUGAGGAGGACUACGACGAGGAAGGGGAGGACGAGGACGACGACGACGAAGAGGAAGAAGACUCCCCGAACGGGGGAUGCGAGGAGCAGAAGGAGAAUGACGAAAAGGGUGGCGAUGACCACCAUGGGGAUGACCACCAUGGGGAUGACCACCACGGCGAUGACCACCAUGCCGAUGACCACCAUGACGACGACCACCACGACCACCGCGGGGACAUGCCCAGAACGGGGAAGAGUCAGCUGGGCGCGUUGGGCGACCCCCUUCGGUUGGACAAGACUGGCGAGGAUGACGCGCACACCCCCGAGCUGUGCCCCCAGCGGAACGACCGCAUGAACCUGAUGAGCGACACCGUCAGUAGCCUCCCCCUCUACAUCAUCCUAGAUUGCUCCGCCGUGCUAGACAUGAAGGAGCUGUGGAAAGACAACUCCUUCCUGCCCUUCAGCUUCCCCGGGCUGCUUUACCUGUACAAUAACAAGCUGUUGAGGAGUAACGCGGACAGGGCCAAGGGCGGGGGCAGCGGCGGAAGUGGAAGAAGCGGAGGCAGCGGUGGAAGUGGAGGCAGCGGCGGAAGUGGAAGAAGCGGCGGAGAGGAGACACAAAACGACGCCUUCAUCUGCCUCAUGUGCAGCUACGUAGCGAACGAACUCAAACUGGUAUGUCAAAAAAGUGAAAUCAUUAGACAAAAAAUGGUAAAUCUGAAGCUUAACAUUUGGGACAAGUUAUCCGAGUUAGGUAUUAUUGAAUUUUUAAGCGUCCCAAAGGAUUUUAAAGAAAAAAAAAAUUUCUUAAAUUCGUCAUUUUUAACAGAAGCACAAAUUAAGCUAGCUAAUGAAUACUACGACAUAUCACAGGAGACCUUGCAGAUGAUUCAGUUUUCCAUUUUGUGGUCUACUUAUAUAUACAAAAUUGGAAAUAAAGAAAUUAUUAUUAAAAAUGAUGCUAAGGAAAUCAACAAGGGUGAUGUGAAGAAAAGCAGAAAAACUAUUUACACGGAGGUACUUUAUUUGACGUCCUCACCUAACAUAUACUCCUUCUUUGAGUACCUUUAUGGAGAGGACAUGAAUAUGAUCCUACCCUUGUGUGUUACUGUUAAUCAGAUUAAUAAGUAUAUUCACGAGGAACACAGCCACGUGGUCGAUUUGCUCUCGAGUGGGAGACCCGUGGAGGACAAGGGUGGUAACUUCCUCCUUGAGAAAGCAUUUUUCAAGACGUUUAUAAAGGACAAGUAUGCGAGGUAUCUUCCGGAAGGAGACGAGGUGGCAACAGCUGGGGGGGCAGCGGUCUCUGCAGGAGGAACUGCCAGCGGAGGAAUCGCCAACGAAGGAAUCACCAGCGGAGGAAUCGCCAACGAAGGAAUCGCCGGCGGAGGGGCGAGCAGAAAGAAGAAGAAAAAGGGCGCAGCUGCAGGAGGAAAGCCCGCGGACGGAGACACACCCAAAAGGAACGCAGACAAAUUAAAGGAUGGCCUCCUUUCAGGACAUGAUAAUGGUACCACCUCGAUUGCCAGCCUCUCCUCUGCUACACACAACCGGAUAAACAGAAGCGACAAGAUAUCCCCCCAGGGGAAGAGAAGCGACAACGAGUGUCUUAACAAAAACAUCGGAGUUGGUGGAGGCCACCUCAACAACAGUGCGUAUGAUUACUAUGAUAUAAAAUCGGUGAAGUCCUUCUCUAAUGAAAAUAUUAGCAAAUUAUGCCAACUGGAGGGGAGCAUUCAAGGUGGACCACUCGGGAUGGUUAAUAUGAACGGAGGAGAAAGCUUAAUCAACUACACAGUGGAGGAUCAAAAAAGUGAAGGGCACACGAAUACACGGAAAGGAAGAAUAACGGGACAGGGACAAAUGGGGAGUAACAGUAACAGACAUCCCCAUUAUGGUGGCCACCAGGCUGGAGGUGACCACCCUGGAGGAGCGAACAAAGGGGUUAAAAGCAACAUAGGCGGAAGGGCCGGUGAGGAAGAGACCUCAAAAGGGGGUGGAGGAAAAGGUAGCACAGCGGCUGGUGUGUAUGCGGAUGGCAUGUACGCGGCUGGCAUGGAAGGCAACAGUGCUGCCAACGGCUUGGGGAUGAUGAUGGUGACCCCUCCGGAUGGCUCUGAGAAGGACAAGGCAGUGAUGGGAACCCCACAAGGAGGCAACGAGAACAAAGGGAGUAGUCUAUACAGUAUGCUGGUGAAUGCCUUUAGUGGAAAGAAGAAAGGAGCACAGAAGGAUGCCGAGAGGGGAGCACAGAAGGGUGUCGAGAGGGGUGCACAGAAGGGUGCCGAGAGGGGGGGAGCCAACGGCCCGGACAAGGGAGGUAACAACAAUUUUAUGGGUGCCGCAACUAGCCAAAGCGUUAGGGACAACGUAGAUCUUCUGAACAGUCAUGCUGGUGUGGCCACCGAUUUGCAGGAAGCAUAUCAUGAAGGGAGAAGAAAAGGGAGCAGCCAGAAUGAUGCAAGCAGCGGAAAUAAUGCAAGCAGCGGAAAUAAUGCGAGCAGCGGAAAUAAUGCGAGCAGCGGAAAUAAUGCGAGCAGCGGAAAUAAUGCAAGCGGCGGAAAUAAUGCAGCCAACCGAUCCCAACUAAACAUGCAUAAUAGUAAAGUGAACAGCACAAGCACAGAUCUGAUGGAACAACUGAUGCACAGUGGUAGUGCAACAACUUCGGCAGGUCAGGGGAAGACUCCCAACGGGGGAAUGACGAAUGGGGGGGUGGCAGGUCCACAGAUGAGCAUCCCCACUAAUGAUAAAGCAUCAUACGUUAGUAGUAAUAACAAUAGCGGGUCGAGCCUACCCCUUGAUCAUUCUCUGUUUGCGUUUAACAGCUCUAUACUGAAGGGUGUAGUACCAAAUGGAAAAGGAGACCUGUCCUUCCAAAGCCAAAUGGGCACAGAUGGAAUGAGCAGCGGCAAGACUGGAGAGGCCAUGGCCAAGGGGGGAGGAGUGACGCACUCCAACAUGAGGGGAAACAGCGGAAGUGUCAUAGGAGCAGGACUAGGAGGUGUGAAUUUCCCCAUGAACACUGCAGGAAUGGGUACCUUGGCGAAUAUCACAUCCCAAGGGAACUCCAAACAAUCACAGAAAAACGGCAUGGAGACGAGAAUGGGUUCGGGUUCAGACAUACUAAACGUUAAUGAAGUAGAACUGAACAGCCUUAUGGGAAGUAUCCCAAAAAGUCUUAAUGAUAGUUUAAGUAUGUAUCUUGACAGUAGUAACCGAAACAACAGCUGCUACGAUAGCAUCGUGAGAGGAGAAAACAUGAUGCCCUUCUUUAAUCACAACCUGCUAAAGGAUGAAGCGGAACAAGAUUUUUCAAACCUCACCAUGAGGAAGGAGGAGCACAUGAGGAAGGAGGAACACACGAGGAUGGAGGAGCGCACAAGAUUGAACGAGAUAAAAAACGCUUUCGAUUUGUACAAGGUGGAUAUCCUGAAUACGUCCCUUCUUCUGGAGGAGAUGAUUCUUAACCAAAACGUAUGUAAGUACAUUCCUUCGGAGCUAUACAACAAAAUCCUGAGGUGCUAUGAGCGACUGGACUGCCUGCUGGCGGGCCUCAACCGGGUGGGCAGCCUAAGCGCGAUGGGGGGUCUAAGCCCCAUGGAUGGGAUGGGCGGGAUGAGCGGCAUGAAUGGAGUGAGCGGGAUGAGCGGGAUGAGCGGGAUGGGCGGCAUGAGCGGCAUGAAUGGAGUGAGCGGGAUGAACCAAGACAUUUUGUGCGAAGACUUUAAGAGCUACUGGGACUAUGCUUUUUCGAAAAACGACUCCAGCCCGCUGGCCCUGCCUGCGAGGGAUCUGAUGACGAGCGGCGGUGCCAAGGUGAGCCUGGGUGGGGGCGCCGGUCCCACCGGGGGAAGCGGCAUUGGUAGUGUUGGCGGUGGAAGCGGCAUUGGCAAUGCUGGCGGCGCGGCGCCGGUGCACCAGGAUUUUAUCGAUGGCGCGGGGAAUGUCAGCGGCAACAAGAACGGCAACGUUUCGAACGCGAUGUUUUACAACACGGUGAAUGGGAACCGAGGGAUCAACAGCGCACUGAAGAGCAGCAUGCCGAAUGCCAGCAGUCACAGUGCAAAUGGGGGAAUAAGCGGCGGGAGCGGCCCCAUCUUGGCUAGCCACCUGAACAGUCAAAACAAUGGCGCAGUGACGCCCAAGAAGUCCAGGAAGAAACCCCCCAUGAACGCGAGCAUGGGGAGUGGGAACAACGCAGACCUCGGGAUCAGCUCGAUAAAGAAUAACUCACUGCAGAAGAAGUACAUAGGGGGGUUGAGUGACGGCCUGGACAACAAAGCCUUCUUGAACAACUCCACAUGUGGUAAUGUAAGCGGAAGCAGGAACAGCCAAAUGGGCGGGAACGCGAACUACAGCUUGGGCCAGGGCGUGCCCCCCAACCGAAACGGCAGCGGAAACCAGGCGGGCGCGCGAAACAGCGGCACCAGCUCGAACAGUGCCAAAUCGAAGGACAUGAAGAACCACAACGCGGUCCCCAAGGAUAGAAAUUUGAAGAAUAUAGACACGGAUGAUUACAAGAACGUGAACAAGCUGCUAGCGCUUGGUGGUAACGCGCAAAAUGUGAAAAUGAAUGGGGAGAAAAGCCCCUAUGACCGUGGCGGAGGAGGAAGCGGUGGCAAUGCACACACGGAGCACCAGGAACACUUCCCCCACAAAGGGAACCCCUACAACGAUGGUAGUGGCAGUGGCGCGCGUGACUCGAACUUGCUUGCUCUGAUCCACAUGAAGAAGAACAUGAAGAACGGGGUGAACAGCAGCGCGGGGCAGAAGGCAGGGACUAACAGCGGCACGGCCAACAGUGGCACCGCCAAUAAUGGCACCGCUAACAACAGCAUUGCCAACAAUAGCACAACCAAUAGCAGCACUUCCAACGAGUUAAAUGGGCUUCGGAACAGCAGUUAUAAAAAAUUUCUCAACAAUGAAACGAUUGGCCUUUUUAACAACCCAGGCAACAAAAACGCCGUCAAUGAAAUGAACUUAAAAUAUCUGGAAGUGUUGAACAGCCAGUUUAACUUUUCCGCACGAGAGAAUAGGAAAAACGACUGUGACCCGAACGGCCGCAACAGCAGCGUGAUGAGUUUUCAAAACGACUUGGACAAGAAGUACAAGAAUCCCUUAGUGGAUUUAUGCGACAAGGGCAACGUGAAGAAGUUGUGA